GUCUGCAUGGAUUGUAUGUACGAAGCGUGUGAAGUGCGGAGGUGGAAUACUGCCGCUUCACAUAAUUUAAUUCACAAAGAAAUAUAAAUAAUUGUGCAUCGAGUUUUAAACGAUUUUAAUUUCAAUGAUUUGAUCGAGAAACUUCGUCUAGUUGAAAAGAAUGGCUUCGAAUGAUGGUAUACCUCCAUCUGCUGCGGUACCUGGGUUUCCACCAGCAACUCCAAAUAUUGCUUCCACUUUUGUCCCACCGAUUAUGCCUGCUGCACCGUUCAUACCACCUCCUAGUUUGCCACCUGGACCACCAGGCAUAAUGCCACCACAGUUCUCCAUACCUCCUCCUGGAUUUAGUUUUCCAAUUAACGCUGCUCCUCCACCUGAUGCUGGAGUAAUAGCUGCACCUCCUCAAAUAACAGCUCCAGGUAUUCCUCCUCCAGUACCCAUUGUAACUGAAGCCACGUCAACCAUUCAACCCAUCGCAACAUCGACGGAAAAGAAGACAGAAUGGACAGAGCACAAAGCCCCUGAUGGAAGAACGUACUAUUACAAUAGCGUUACAAAGCAAUCGUUGUGGGAAAAGCCAGAUGAGUUGAAAACACCCAGCGAACUACUUUUGUCGCAGUGUCCAUGGAAGGAGUACAAGUCAGAGAAUGGAAAAGUCUAUUAUCAUAACGUAACGACCAAGGAAUCCAGAUGGACUAUUCCUUCAGAGUUAGAGGAGUUGAAAGCAAGAAUCACGGCUGAAGAGGCUGCAGCCGCAGCCGCGGCAGCCGUUGCGAGUGCCACAAAUACUAUAGUUCCUGCAACUAUGCAGCACUUAUCUCCGAAUAUUGGAAUCGCGAAUACGUCGCAAACCAGCACACCGGAGCCAGGUGGGAAGUCUGCAAUUGAGCAAGCUAUGGCUGCAACGCUUGCAGCUAUAAAUAUUCCUACUCCGCCGGCGAAACCGGACGAGGACAGCAAUUCCGCGAAAGGAUCGGCGAACGACAGCCGCACUAGUACCCCUGAGCCGAAAAUGCAAUUCAAGGAUAAGAAAGAAGCGAUCGAAGCAUUCAAGGAAUUGUUAAGGGAAAGGGACGUACCGUCGAAUGCUACUUGGGAGCAAGCGGUGAAAUUAAUUCAGAGCGAUCCGAGGUAUCCGCAAAUGAAAAAGUUGAAUGAACGUAAGCAAGCGUUUAACGCGUACAAGACUCAGAAACUCAAAGAGGAACGGGAACAAGAGAGAUUACGAUUGAAAAAGGCCAAAGAAGAUUUGGAACAAUUUUUACUGGAACACGAGAGGAUGACGAGUUCUACCAAGUAUUAUAAGUGUGAGGAGAUGUUCGGUAAUUUGGAGGUGUGGAGGGCUGUCGGGGAUUCAGAUCGCCGGGACAUUUACGAGGACGUAAUUUUCAAUCUGGCCAAACGGGAAAAGGAAGAAGCGAAGCAGUUGAAAAAGAGAAAUACCAAGAGGCUAGCCCAAGUAUUAGAUGCCAUGACUGACGUUACGUAUAGAACCACUUGGCAAGAAGCGCAAGCGUUGCUUUUACAGCACGCAGCCUUCGCGGAAGACGCAGACUUAUUGGAAAUGGAUAAAGAAGACGCUUUGCUCGUUUUUGAAAAUCAUAUACGUCAACUGGAAAAAGACGAGGAGGAAGAGAAGGAGCAUGAAAAAAAACGUAGGAAACGGCAAGAACGGAAGAAUAGAGAUGCUUUUAUAAGUUUAUUAGACGAGUUGCAUGAACAAGGGAAAUUGACGUCGAUGUCACUUUGGGUAGAACUGUAUCCGAUGUUGUCUGCCGAUUUAAGAUUUUCGGCAAUGCUCGGUCAGUCCGGAUCGACCCCUCUAGAUCUAUUUAAAUUUUAUGUCGAAGACUUGAAAUCUAGAUUCCACGACGAGAAAAAGAUCAUAAGGGAAAUCUUAAAAGAUAAGAAUUUCGAAGUACAAGUAAAUACGACCUUCGAGGAAUUCGCUACUGUCGUCUGCGAAGAUCGAAAGUCAGCGACGUUAGACGCGGGCAAUGUAAAAUUAACGUACAAUUUGUUACUCGAAAAAGCUGAAGCGCGAGAGAAGGAACGCGUGAAAGAGGAGGCUAGGAAGUUCAAGAAGUUGGAAACGGGUUUCAAAACUCUGCUAAAAACCCUGAACGUUGAUUAUCAAAUGACGUGGGAAGAUGUAAGGAGUAAGAUUGAGGAAGAGCCAGAUUUCAAAGCUAUAACACUAGAAAGCGAGAGAGUUCGAAUAUUCAAAGAAUACCAGCACGAAAUUGAGGAAAGUUGUAGCCACCAUCACAUUCGCAGUAAAAAGAAAAAGACGAAGAAGGUGAAACGAAAAUCCCGGUCUAGAUCGCACAGUGAAUCUGAGGGCAGCGAUAAAGGUCUGAAGAAGAAGAGACACAAGUCACGGUCACCAAGCGUUCCCAGCAAAUCUGAUAGUUCCGAGUCUGACAUCAGGAAAUCGAAGCGAAAGAAAAACAAAAAGAAGAGAGGUCGCAGUCAUUCCCGGUCACAUUCGAGACUUCCGUCCUCUGAAGAAUCGCCGGAGAGGAAACGUAAAGAAGAAAAGCACAGAAGAGCUUCCGCCCAUAGCGAAGGGUCUGUUACCGAAAAUGCUGAGCACCAUGAACUGUCAGAGGAUGAACUUGAAAAACAAAGGGCGCAGCUAUUGCGCGAAUUGCAAAUGCAACAAGAGGAUAAUUAACUCAACAACUUAUGUAAUUUUAGAUAAUUGCAAUAUUAAAUUAAACGAAAUUUGUACAAUUUGAAUGAUCCCCUCACUUCAUUUAUGUACGAAUAAGAUGCAUUUACAAUUUGUGUUAGUCGAAAGCAAGGGGAAUAAAAGAAGGUAAGAAAGUUA